AUGAGGCAGUCGACGCCCAUUUACUGGGUUGUCCAGGCUUGUCUACUAUGGCUGGCAAUUGUGAGGGCGUCAGCAAUUGUGCCGACUAAGAAUUUGAUUUCGGCUCCAGCUUCAGAUUCUGGCGAUGACGUCUCGACACUUCGAUCGCGCGACACGAAGCCGUUCCUUCUGCGGAUUCUGCCGUUUGGUGCUUCCAUUACCAUGGGGUAUAAAUCUCCAGAUGGAAAUGGAUAUCGCGAAUGGCUUCGACAGCAGCUGCGCUAUGCUGGGUGGGAGGUUGAUAUGGUGGGAACCCUGCAGAGUGGCACGAUGCAUGACAAUGAUCAUGAAGGCCGUAUCGGCAUGAGGAUCGAUCAAUUAUCAAAAAUUGCUAAAAACAUCAUUCCACUACAGCCUAAUCUAAUCCUCCUCAACGCAGGCACAAAUGACGCCCUCCAAGAGUAUAAAGUCGAAACAGCUAGCGAGCGGAUGGACUCUCUCCUAACACAGCUAUUUGACGGCAUUCCCGGCACGACCAUCAUUCUAUCCACUCUCAUCUUCAACGGAAUCCACCCCCAGGAGGUCGCAGAUAUCAGCGGGCAAUACGUAGAGCUCGCAGGCAAGCGACGAGCGCAAAAUGACAGCCUCGUCCUAGCUGAUAUGAGCACGUUCAUCAAAUGGAAUGAACUCGUUGACAAUAUCCAUCCCACAGCGGAGGGAUAUGAGCGCAUGGCGUCUGUGUGGUGGGCAGCUAUCCAGGAAGCCGAGAAGGAAGGCUUGCUUAAGGCGCCCAAAUCGACAUCUACAAAUAGUGGUACUAUCAGCAAGGCCUACGAGAAGGAACUUGAUGACAGCAUUAGUAACCCGAGUCUGCCCGCAUACACUGCCUCUCCGCAGCCCACGGUGGUUGAAAGAGAAAGUGGAUCGUCUAGGUCCCGGUGGCAGCUUUGGGCUGUUAGUUUCCAGAUGAUCGCUAUGUGUGUUGCUUUCUCUGGGUUAUGA